CUUAGUCGUCGGAGCAACGCACAAGGAAUAGUACUGACGCGUGCUUCAGAUUUACGAAGACCCCUUCUUCCUUCUUCUUCAUUCUUUCCCUCUCCUACUCUAUUUCAUCAAAUACUUAAUAUCUGAUAUCCACACACACGCCGAGGAUAAGAAGAGAGAGAGAGAGAGCGACUCUGAUCGCGUAAAGUCAGAGCCUUUUUUAUACCAAUUUCAACCUGCGAUCUCCGAACCACUCUCUCUGAGUUCACAGGUCUGUCUUAUUACAAUGAUGGGCUCCUGUUUCUCAUGCCACAAGAGUGGAGGAGAACCUUCACAAGUUGAUAGAGAAAUCUCAGCGAUAAUUAAGGUAAAGAUUUACAAAUACAAAGAGAUUCGUCAAGCUACUGAUGAUUUCGACGCCCUGAAUAAAAUUGGAGAAGGAGGGUUUGGCUCUGUGUACAAGGGCCGUCUUAAAGAUGGAAAGAUUGCAGCUAUCAAAGUCCUUUCCGCUGAGUCAAGACAAGGCGUGAAAGAGUUCUUGACUGAGAUCAAUGUCAUAUCAGAGAUACAGCAUGAGAAUCUAGUUAAGUUAUAUGGAUGCUGCGUUGAGGGGAAUCACAGGAUACUUGUCUACAACUAUCUGGAGAACAAUAGCCUUGAUAAGACCCUCUUAGCUGGGGGAUACAUUAAGAGUGGGAUACAGUUUGAUUGGAGAACUCGGUCCAGAAUCUGCGUUGGGGUUGCUAAAGGUCUUGCCUUUCUUCAUGAAGAAGUAAGGCCUCACAUUAUUCAUAGAGAUAUCAAGGCGAGCAACAUUCUACUUGACAGAGACUUAUCUCCCAAGAUAGCUGAUUUUGGACUCGCCAAGCUUAUGCCGCCGAACAUGACUCAUGUCAGCACUCGUGUCGCCGGUACAAUUGGUUAUCUAGCGCCAGAGUAUGCGGUUAGGGGACAGGUUACGCGCAAAGCUGAUGUUUACAGCUAUGGAGUCCUUCUGAUGGAGAUAGUCAGUGCAAGAAGUAACAAAAACACACGGUUACCCCAGGGGUAUCAAUAUCUUCUAGAAAGAGCUUGGGAUCUUUAUGAGCGGAAUGAGCUAGUGGAUCUCGUUGACACAGGGCUAAACGGAGUCUUUGACGGAGAGGAAGCUUGCCGGUACCUAAAAAUAGGUCUUUUGUGCACGCAAGACAAUCCUAAGCUAAGGCCAAGUAUGUCCACGGUGGUGAAGCUGUUAACAGGGGAGAAGAAGGAUAUAGAGAGCAGGAACAUAACCAGACCAGGUUUGAUUUCUGAUUUUAUGGACUUGAAAGUGAAAGGACCGGUCGAGAAAAAGCAAGAGGAAGUGAACAGACGCAACUACUACACGAAUCUUUCUUCAGAUAAUGCCUCGUCUAGCACCGGGACUAGAGAUAACUCGAAUGCUUACUCGUCAGGGGCUUCUUCAUCUACUGCGGUUUCUACACUCAGCAGUACCAUUUAGAAAAGAAAAGGAGAAACAGCUUUUUUUUUGUCUUUGAUGUUUCUGUCUGUCUCAUCACCUUCUUCUUCCUUGGACCCAAACAGAAGGUUUCUUUCUGUUAGAUUUUGUCUUUAGUUGCAAACAGAGAUUUGUGUCAUUGUGUGUAUGUAUAUAAGAUUGAAACCGUAUCUGAAUUGGUCCCCAAAAAAUAGUUAUGAUGUCUGAUAUCUAUAUGUUUUAGCUUCAUUGA